UACAUCCUCGAGAUGCUGGCAAUCAAAAGGACUUCUCGGUCGUCAGUGCUGGGGACGUGGUCAUCCUACCAGCAUUUGGAGCUGCUGUAAAGGAAAUGAUGGAGUUGAAGCGGAAGGGCGUCACCAUAGUGGACACCACUUGUCCAUGGGUCUCCAAAGUGUGGUCAUCUGUAGAGCGACACAAGAAGGGUGAAUAUACUUCUAUUAUACACGGCAAGUCGAAACACGAGGAGACCAUUGCGACAAGCUCCUUCGCUGAUAAGUAA